AAAACGACGCACAGAGCCCACACUCACACACACGCCUGCGGUUACUACGUCCCGAACACACCACAGAAGCCCUCGGCCCUCCUGGGACACGGCGGCGGCGGCCGCAGGCGAGGCGGGCCCGCGGGUCACGGAGCAGGUAUUGAUGUUGAUCAUUAAAGAAAACUGAAAGUUUUAAAAAGAAGACCCUGUAAAGUCUUUGGAUUAUACUGAAACUUGGCUAAGAUGGCCAAGUAUGGUGAACACGAGGCCAGGGCUGACGAUGGGCAGAACGAGUUCAGUGACAUCAUUAAGUCCAGAUCUGAUGAACACAAUGACGUGCAGAAGAAAACCUUUACCAAAUGGAUAAAUGCUCGAUUUUCUAAGGGUGGAAAACCACCCAUCAGUGAUAUGUUCACAGACCUCAAAGACGGAAGGAAGCUACUGGAUCUUCUCGAAGGCCUCACAGGAACCUCACUGCCGAAGGAACGUGGUUCCACCAGGGUACAUGCUUUAAAUAAUGUCAACAGAGUGCUGCAGGUUUUACAUCAGAACAAUGUGGAUCUAGUGAAUAUUGGAGGCACGGACAUUGUAGAUGGAAACCACAAACUGACUUUGGGAUUGCUCUGGAGCAUCAUUCUGCACUGGCAGGUGAAAGAUGUCAUGAAGGAUAUCAUGUCAGACCUGCAGCAGACGAACAGUGAGAAGAUCUUGCUGAGCUGGGUGCGCCAGUCCACGAGGCCGUACAGCCAGGUCAACGUCCUCAACUUCACCACCAGCUGGACGGAUGGUCUUGCCUUUAACGCCGUGCUCCACCGACAUAAACCUGAUCUCUUCAGCUGGGAUAGAGUUGUCAAAAUGUCCCCAAUUGAGAGACUUGAACAUGCCUUCAGCAAGGCUCAGACUUAUUUGGGAAUUGAAAAGCUGUUAGAUCCUGAAGAUGUUGCUGUUCAGCUUCCUGACAAGAAAUCCAUAAUUAUGUAUUUAACGUCUUUGUUUGAGGUGCUACCUCAGCAAGUCACUAUAGAUGCCAUCCGUGAGGUAGAGACUCUCCCAAGAAAAUAUAAGAAAGAAUGUGAAGAAGGAGAAAUUAACAUACAGAGCCCAGCGCCGGAGGAGGAGCAGGAGAGUCCGCGAGCCGAAACCCCCAGCACUGUCACCGAGGUUGACAUGGAUCUCGACAGCUAUCAGAUAGCGCUGGAGGAAGUGCUGACCUGGUUGCUUUCUGCCGAGGACACUUUCCAGGAGCAGGAUGACAUUUCUGAUGAUGUUGAAGAAGUCAAGGACCAGUUUGCCACCCACGAAGCUUUUAUGAUGGAGCUGACGGCACACCAGAGCAGUGUGGGGAAUGUCCUGCAGGCAGGAAACCAGCUGAUAACACAAGGAACUCUGUCUGAUGAAGAGGAAUUUGAGAUUCAAGAGCAAAUGACCCUGCUGAAUGCCAGAUGGGAGGCACUCAGGGUGGAAAGUAUGGACAGACAGUCCCGGCUGCAUGACGUGCUCAUGGAACUGCAGAAGCAGCAGCUGCAGCAGCUCUCCGCCUGGCUGACGCUCACAGAAGAACGCAUUCAGAAGAUGGAAACUUGCCCCUUGGAUGAAGACUUAAAAUCCCUCCAGAAGCUGCUAGAAGAUCAUAAAAGUUUGCAAAAUGAUCUUGAGGCUGAACAAGUGAAGGUAAAUUCCCUAACUCACAUGGUGGUGAUUAUAGAUGAAAACAGUGGCGAGAGUGCUACAGCUGUUCUGGAAGAUCAGUUACAGAAACUUGGUGAACGUUGGACAGCUGUGUGCCGGUGGACUGAAGAACGCUGGAACAGGUUACAGGAAAUCAAUAUUUUGUGGCAGGAGUUAUUGGAAGAACAGUGCUUGUUGAAAGCUUGGUUAACCGAAAAAGAAGAGGCUUUAAAUAAAGUCCAGACAAGCAACUUCAGAGACCAGAAGGAACUGAGCGUCAGUGUUCGACGACUGGCGAUUUUGAAGGAAGACAUGGAAAUGAAGCGUCAAGCGUUGGAUCAGCUGAGUGAGAUUGGCCAGGAUGUGGGUCAAUUACUUGAUAAUCCUAAGGCAUCGAAGAAGAUCAACAGUGACUCAGAGGAACUGACUCAGAGAUGGGAUUCUUUGGUUCAGCGACUAGAGGAUUCCUCCAACCAGGUGACUCAGGCAGUAGCAAAGCUGGGAAUGUCCCAGAUUCCCCAGAAGGAUCUCCUGGAGACUGUUCGCCUAAGAGAACAAGUAACUACGAAAAGGUCAAAGCAAGAGCUGCCUCCUCCUCCUCCCCCCAAGAAGAGACAGAUCCCUGUGGAUAUGGAAGCUAAGAAAAAGUUUGAUGCUGUAAGUGCUGAGCUGUUGAACUGGAUUUUGAAAUCAAAGACUGCCAUUCAGGCCACAGAGAUAAAAGAGUAUAAGAAGAUGCAAGAAACAUCAGAAAUGAAAAAGAAGUUGAAGGGAUUAGAAAAAGAACAGACAGAAAGAAACCCCAGACUAGAGGAAUUAAACCAAACUGGACAAAUCCUUUUGGAGCAAAUGGGAAAAGAAGGUCUUCCCACUGAAGAAAUAAAAAAUAUUCUGGAGAAGGUAUUAUCAGAAUGGAGGAAUGUAUCGCAGCAUUUGGACGAUCUGGCGAGAAGGAUUCAGCUACAGGAAGAUCUAAAUAUUUAUUUUAAGCAGCUUGAUGAACUUGAAAAGACCGUAAAGGCAAAGGAGGAGUGGGUAAAACACACUCCUUUUUCAGAGUCUCCCAGCAGUCUGCCAAGCUUGAAGGACUCCUGUCAGCGGGAACUGACGGACCUCCGCAGCCUCCACCCCAGAAUUGAAAUGCUGCGUGCGAGCUGCUCGGCCCUGAGGUCCCGGCCUUCUGCCCCGGAUUUUGUCCAGCAGGGUUUGGCGAGCUUUGUGGGCCGCUACCAAGCUGUGCAACGGGACUUAGCGGAGCGUCACCAACAGCUAGAGAACGAACUGAAGAGCCGACCUGGACGUGCAUAUUUGGAAACAUUGAAAGCACUGAAAGAUCUGCUAAAUGAUUCCGAGAAUAAGGCCCAGACGUCUUUGAAUGUCUUGAAUGAUCUUGAAAAGGUGGAAAAGGCCCUGCAAGAAAGAAAGGCCCUAGAUGAAAUCCUUGAGAAUCAGAAACCUAUGUUAUGUAAACUUGCAGAAGAAACAAAGGCUUUGGAGAAAAACAUUUCUCCAGGUGAAGAAAAAACAUAUAAGCAAGAAUUUGAGGAUAUUCAAGGAAAGUGGAACAAACUAAAGGUCAAGAUUUCUAAAGAACUACAUUUGCUUGAAGAAAUUACUCCCAAACUCAGAAUUUUUGAGGCUGAUUCAAAAGUCAUUGAGAAGUGGAUGGAUGGUGUGAAAGACUUCUUAAUGAAAGAGCAGGCUGUCCAAGGAGAUCCCGAAGGACUACAAAGACAGCUUGACCAGUGCUCUGUGAGUUCUGCUGAUCUAGUGAACCUGCUGAUUACUAUUAAAAAAAAUAGAUUGUCUGAAAGUCAGGAAAAAGUGGUGAACCUGAAGAAAGACUUGGCAGAGAUGCAGGAGUGGAUGACCCAGGCGGAAGAAGAAUACCUGGAGAGGGAUUUUGAGUACAAGUCCCCGGAAGAACUUGAGAGUGCUGUGGAGGAGAUGAAGAGGGCGAAAGAGGAUGUGUUGCAGAAGGAGGUGAGAGUGAAGAUUCUCAAGGACAACAUCAAGUUAUUAGCUGCAAAAGUGCCCUCUGGUGGCCAGGAGUUGACAUCUGAGCUCAAUGUCGUGCUGGAGAAUUACCAACUUCUUUGUAAUAGAAUUCGAGGAAAGUGCCACACACUAGAGGAGGUAUGGUCUUGUUGGAUUGAACUGCUUCACUAUUUGGACCUUGAGACCACCUGGCUAAACACUCUGGAGGAGCGGAUGAAGAGCACAGAGGCCCUGCCCGAGAAGACAGAUGCUGUCAGUGAAGCUCUGGAGUCUCUAGAAUCUGUUUUGCGACAUCCAGCAGAUAAUCGCACCCAGAUUCGGGAACUUGGCCAGACCCUGAUUGAUGGAGGGAUCCUUGAUGACAUCAUCAGUGAGAAACUGGAGGCUUUCAACAGUCGAUACGAAGAACUGAGUCACCUGGCAGAGAGCAAGCAGAUUUCUUUGGAAAAGCAACUCCAGGUCCUGCGUGAAACUGACCACAUGCUUCAGGUCUUGCAGGAGAGCUUAGGGGAGCUGGACAAGCAGCUUACAACGUACUUGACUGACAGGAUAGAUGCCUUCCAAGUCCCGCAGGAAGCCCAGAAAAUCCAAGCAGAGAUCUCAGCCCAGGAGCUAACUCUAGAGGAGCUGAGAAGGAACAUACGUUCUCAGCCUCUGACCUCCCCAGACGGCAGGACUGCUAGAGGAGGAAGUCAGAUGGAUGGGCUGCAGAGGAAACUUCGAGAGGUGACCACAAAGUUCCAGCUUUUCCAGAAGCCUGCUAACUUUGAACAGCGCAUGCUUGACUGCAAGCGUGUGCUGGAUGGUGUGAAAGCAGAACUUCAUGUUCUGGAUGUGAAGGAUGUGGACCCUGAUGUCAUACAGACACACCUGGACAAGUGUAUGAAACUCUAUAAAAUUCUGAGUGAAGUCAAGCUGGAAGUGGAGACUGUAAUCAAAACAGGAAGACACAUUGUCCAGAAACAGCAAACCGACAACCCCAAGGGGAUGGAUGAGCAACUGACUUCUCUGAAGGUUCUCUACAAUGACCUGGGCGCCCAGGUGACAGAGGGAAAGCAGGAUCUGGAAAGAGCGUCACAGUUGGCUCGGAAAAUGAAGAAAGAGGCUGCUUCUCUCUCUGAAUGGCUUUCUCUUACUGAAACUGAACUGGUACAGAAAUCCACUUCAGGAGGUGUGCUUGGUGACUUGGAUACAGAAAUUUCCUGGGCUAAAAAUGUUCUGAAGGAUUUGGAAAAGAGAAAAGCUGAUUUAAACACCGUCACAGAGAGUAGUGCUGCCCUCCAGAACCUGAUCGAGGGCAGUGAGCCUGUUUUAGAAGAGAAGCUCUGUGUCCUUAACGCCGGGUGGAGCCGAGUUCGCACCUGGACCGAGGAUUGGUGCAAUACUUUGAUGAACCAUCAGAACCAGUUGGAAAUAUUUGAUGGAAAUGUUGCUCACAUAAGCACCUGGCUUUAUCAAGCUGAAGCUCUGUUGGAUGAGAUUGAAAAAAAACCAGCAAGUAAACGGGAAGAAAUUGUGAAGCGUUUACUCUCUGAGCUGGAUGACGCCAACCUCCAAGUUGAAAAUGUCCGUGAUCAAGCUGUCGUUCUAAUGAAUGCACGUGGAGGCUCAAGCAGGGAGCUUGUAGAACCAAAAUUAGCUGAAUUGAAUAGAAACUUUGAAAAGGUCUCUCAGCACAUCAAAAGUGCCAAAUUACUGAUUGGCCAGGAACCAUUAUCAUACCAAUGUCUGGUCACCACUGAAGCAUUUGAAACUGGUGUGCCUUUCUCUGAUUUGGAGAAAUUAGAAAAUGACAUAGAAAAUAUGUUAAAAGUUAUGGAAAAACGCAUGGAAUCCAGUGAUGAAGAUGAAAAGGUGGAUGAGGAGAGAGCCCAGAUUGAGGAAGUUUUACAAAGAGGAGAACAAAUGUUACAUCAACCCAUGGAAGAUAAUAAAAAAGAAAAAAUCCGUUUGCAGUUACUACUUUUGCACACAAGAUACAACAAAACUAAGGCAAUCCCUAUUCAACAGAAAACAAGUCAACUUGCUUCUGGAAUUAGAUCGCCACCUCUCCCCACAGAUUAUCUGGUUGAAAUUAGCAAAGUUUUACUUUCCAUGGAUGAUGUUGAAUUAUCACUUAAUACUCCAGAGCUAAGCUCCGUUGUCUAUGAAGACUUCUCUUUUCAGGAAGAUUCUCUGAAGAAUAUCAAAGACCAACUGGACAAACUCGGAGAGCAGAUUGCGGUCAUUCAUGAAAAACAACCAGAUGUUAUCCUUGAAGCUUCUGGACCUGAAGCCAUUCAGAUCAGGGAUACACUUACUCAGUUGAAUGCAAAAUGGGACAGAAUUAAUCGACUGUACAAUGAUCGUAAGGGGUAUUUCAGUAGGGCUGUGGAAGAAUGGAGACAGUUCCACUGUGACCUUAAUGACCUCACACAGUGGAUGACGGAAGCUGAAGAGUUACUGGCUGAUACCUUUGCUCCGGAUGGUGGCCUGGACUUAGAGAAAGCUAGGAGACAUCAGCAGGACUUGGAAGAGGGGCUCAGCUGCCACCAGCCCAGUUUUGCAGCACUGAACAGAACUGGGGACGGGAUUGUACAGAAACUCUCCCCGACAGAUGGAAGCUUCCUGAAAGACAAGCUGGCAGGGGUAAACCAACGCUGGGGAGCGAUCGCUGCAGAAGUGAAGGACCGGCGGCCAAGGUUAAAAGGAGAAAGUAAGCAGGUGAUGGAAUAUAGGAAGAGACUAGAUGAGGUUUUUUGUUGGUUAACAAAGGCCGAAAAUGCUGUGCAAAAGAGAUCAACCACUGAGCUGGAAGAAAACCUGCAAGAAUUAACAAACUUAACCCAGGAGAUGGAUGUCCAAGCUGAAAAACUCAAAUGGCUGAAUAGGACUGAAUUGGAAAUGCUUUCAGAUAAAAGUCUGAGUUUACAUGAAAGAGAAAAAAUUUCAGAAAGCUUAAGGACUGUAAAUUCGACAUGGAAUAAGGUAUGCAGGGAAGUGCCCAGUGCACUGAAGGAACGCAUCCAGGAACCCUGUUCUGUUACUCAGACAAGAAUUGCUGCUCAUCCCAGUGUCCAAAAGGUGGUGCUGUCAUCAUCUGCAUCAGCUAUUCCUCCUGCUCCGUCUCCUCGAACCUCGGAAAUUUCAGUUCCUGCUGAUCUGGAUAAGACGAUAACAGAACUAGCCGACUGGCUGCUAUUGAUUGACCAGAUGCUGAAGUCCAACAUUGUCACUGUCGGGGAUGUAGAGGAGAUCAAUAGGACAAUUUCCCGAAUGAAAAUCACAAAGGCUGACUUAGAGCAGCGCCAUCCUCAGCUUGAUUAUGUUUUCACAUUGGCACAGAAUUUGAAAAAUAAAACUUCCAGUUCAGACGUGAGAACAGCAAUCACAGAAAAAUUGGAAAAGGUCAAGACCCAGUGGGACAGCACCCAGCAUGGUGUGGAGCUGAGGCAGCAGCAGCUGGAGGACAUGGUCAUUGACAGUCUGCAGUGGGACGACCACCGGGAAGAGACCGAGGAGCUCAUGAGGAAGUACGAGGCGCGCCUCUAUAUUCUGCAGCAAGCCCGCCGGGAGCCCCUGCUCAAACAAAUUUCUGAUAAUCAAAUGUUGCUUCAAGAAAUGGGUCCUGGUGAUGGUAUCGUAAUGGCAUUUGAGAAUGUCCUGCAGAAACUGCUGGAGGAAUAUGGUAGUGAUGACACAAGGAAUGUGAAAGAAACCACUGAGUACUUAAAAACAUCAUGGAUCAAUCUAAAACAAAGCCUCGCUGACAGACAGAGUGCCUUGGAGGCUGAGCUGAGGACAGUCCAGGCCUCUCGCAGGGACCUGGAGAACUUCCUAAAGUGGAUACAAGAAGCAGAAACCACAGUGAACGUUCUUGCCGAUGCCUCUCAGCGGGAGAAUGCUCUUCAGGACACAGUGCUGGCCAGGGAACUCACACAGCAGAUGCAGGACAUCCAGGCAGAAAUUGACGCCCACAAUGACAUAUUUAAAAGUAUUGAUGGAAACAGGCAGAAGAUGGUAAAAGCUUUGGGAAAUUCUGAAGAGGCCACUAUGCUUCAGCAUCGACUGGACGAUAUGAACCAAAGAUGGAACGACUUAAAAGCAAAGUCUGCCAGCAUCAGGGCCCAUUUGGAGGCCAGUGCUGAGAAGUGGAACAGGUUGCUGACAUCUUUAGAAGAACUGAUCAAAUGGCUGAAUAUGAAAGAUGAAGAGCUUAAAAAACAAAUGCCUAUUGGAGGGGACGUCCCAGCCUUACAGCUCCAACAUGAUCAUUGUAAAGCACUGAGACGUGAGUUAAAGGAGAAAGAGUAUUCUGUCCUGAAUGCUAUAGACCAAGCUCGAGUUUUCCUGGCUGAUCAGCCAAUUGAGGCCCCUGAAGAACCAAGAAGAAACUUGCAAUCCAAAACAGAAUUGACUCCUGAGGAGAGAGCCCAAAAGAUUGCCAAAGCCAUGCGCAAACAGUCUUCUGAAGUCAAAGAGAAGUGGGAAAGUCUAAAUGCUGUUACUAGCAAUUGGCAAAAGCAAGUAGACAAGGCGUUAGAGAAACUCAGAGACCUGCAGGGAGCGAUGGACGACCUGGAUGCUGAUCUGAAGGAGGCAGAGGCCGUGAGGAAUGGCUGGAAGCCUGUGGGAGACUUACUCAUCGACUCGCUGCAGGACCACAUCGAGAAAACCAUGGCAUUCAGAGAAGAAAUUGCACCAAUCAACCUAAAAGUUAAAACAGUGAAUGAUUUAUCCAGUCAGCUGUCUCCACUUGACCUGCACCCAUCUCUAAAGAUGUCUCGCCAGCUAGAUGACCUUAAUAUGCGAUGGAAACUUUUGCAGGUUUCUGUGGACGAUCGCCUUAAACAGCUUCAGGAAGCCCAUAGAGAUUUUGGACCAUCCUCUCAGCAUUUUCUCUCCACUUCAGUCCAGCUGCCGUGGCAAAGAUCCAUUUCACAUAAUAAAGUGCCCUAUUACAUCAAUCAUCAAACGCAGACAACCUGUUGGGAUCAUCCUAAAAUGACUGAACUCUUUCAAUCCCUUGCUGACCUGAAUAACGUGCGUUUCUCUGCCUACCGUACAGCCAUCAAAAUCCGAAGACUACAAAAAGCACUGUGUUUGGAUCUCUUGGAGUUGAAUACAACAAAUGAAGUUUUCAACCAGCACAAGCUGAACCAGAACGAUCAGCUCCUUAGUGUUCCAGAUGUCAUCAACUGUCUGACAACCACUUACGAUGGCCUUGAACAAAUGCAUAAGAAUCUGGUCAACGUUCCUCUCUGUGUGGAUAUGUGUCUCAACUGGCUGCUCAAUGUAUAUGACACGGGUCGGACUGGAAAAAUAAGAGUGCAGAGUCUGAAGAUUGGAUUGAUCUCUCUUUCCAAAGGUCUCUUAGAAGAAAAAUACAGAUAUCUCUUUAAGGAAGUGGCGGGGCCCACAGAAAUGUGUGACCAAAGGCAGCUUGGCCUGUUGCUUCACGAUGCCAUCCAGAUCCCUCGGCAGCUGGGGGAAGUAGCAGCUUUUGGGGGCAGUAAUAUUGAACCCAGUGUUCGCAGCUGCUUCCAACAGAAUAACAACAAGCCAGAGAUAAGUGUGAAGGAGUUUAUAGAUUGGAUGCGUCUGGAACCACAGUCCAUGGUUUGGUUGCCAGUUCUACAUCGAGUGGCAGCAGCUGAGACUGCAAAACAUCAGGCCAAAUGCAACAUCUGUAAGGAAUGUCCAAUUGUUGGAUUCAGGUAUCGAAGCCUAAAGCAUUUUAACUAUGACGUCUGCCAGAGUUGCUUUUUUUCGGGUCGAACAGCAAAGGGUCACAAAUUGCAUUACCCAAUGGUUGAAUAUUGUAUACCUACAACAUCUGGGGAAGAUGUACGAGACUUCACAAAGGUGCUGAAGAAUAAGUUCAGAUCAAAGAAAUACUUUGCCAAACAUCCUCGGCUUGGCUACCUGCCAGUCCAGACAGUUCUUGAAGGUGACAACUUAGAAACUCCUAUCACACUCAUCAGUAUGUGGCCAGAGCACUACGACCCCUCACAGUCUCCUCAGCUGUUUCAUGAUGAUACCCAUUCAAGAAUAGAACAGUAUGCUACUCGACUGGCCCAAAUGGAACGGACUAAUGGGUCUUUCCUCACGGACAGCAGCUCUACCACAGGAAGCGUGGAGGACGAGCAUGCCCUCAUCCAGCAGUACUGCCAGACGCUCGGAGGGGAGUCCCCGGUGAGCCAGCCCCAGAGUCCAGCUCAGAUCCUGAAGUCAGUAGAAAGGGAAGAACGCGGAGAACUGGAGAGGAUCAUUGCUGACCUGGAGGAAGAACAAAGAAAUCUGCAGGUGGAAUAUGAGCAGCUGAAAGAGCAGCACCUGAGAAGGGGCCUCCCUGUCGGCUCCCCUCCAGACUCUGUUGUUUCUCCUCAUCACACGUCUGAGGAUUCAGAACUCAUAGCAGAAGCCAAACUCCUCAGGCAGCACAAAGGUCGGCUGGAGGCUAGGAUGCAGAUUUUAGAAGAUCACAAUAAGCAGCUGGAGUCUCAGCUCCACCGACUUCGGCAGCUGCUGGAGCAGCCCGAAUCUGAUUCCCAAAUCAACGGCGUCUCCCCCUGGGCUUCACCUCAGCAGUCGGCACUGAACUACUCACUGGACCCGGACCCCAGCCCACAGCUCCACCAAGCAGCACCAGAGGACCUGCUGGCUCCCCCUCAUGACACCAGCACGGACCUCACAGAGGUCAUGGAGCAGAUCAACAGUACGUUUCCAUCUUGCUGCCCAAAUCUCCCCAGCAGGCCACAGGCAAUGUGAAGUAUUCAUCCAGCCAACAAACAUUUCUUGACUUAACAGUAUUGCCCUUUUCAGCAAAUGCCAAUUUCAAGUUCCAUUUAAUCAGAAGCUCCGUGACUCUUUGAAACGUGCUGUUGAGCGCUGUGUGUUCUACUGAAGGAGUAAAACACUGACUAUCCAAAGAGAAAAGGAUAUUUUGUUUUUAUAAUAAUCAUAUAUUAUUGUUUCUUCUUCCCUUUCUAUGCAACUGUAAAUUAAUGAACAGAGUGGUAUUUGGAAAUGGUAAUAACACUUGUCACUGAUUUGUAUACUGUACACAGUAUUGGGAAAGUGGGUGGGGGCUUUCUAAUAUGAUACCUUCUUUUUAAUAACCAUGGCAAAAAUUGCGUUAAGAAUUAGAAGACAAUUUUGCAUUUUUACAUUCCUUCAUAUUAACCUUGUACAAUAACUUCAUUUAUUUCUUUGACUCUUUUACCAUUAUGUUUUGGUUAUUUAUAAUCCAUCAGCCACAUGACCAAAUAGAUUUUCUGUAUUUGUUUCCAUGAUUUGGCCAAAUCAAUAAGUUUAUAUAUUUCAGUCAAAUCCUAUGUGUCUGAAUUAGGCUACAGCUUUGUGUAUGCUGUUGAACUUUAUUUGACAUCAUACACCUAUUUCUUUAGCAACCACUUGGAUAACCACAAUAAAAAUCCUGUGGGCCUGACAUCUCUACUGGGACUUUUUUCCUGAAUUUUACUUCCCUGCUCCAUAUAAGUAGGUUUUGAUUUCUUUAUUUAUUUCAUGUCCCAAUCUAUAUGAUAGAUUAAAACAGGAUUUUAAUAACCUCAAAGGUCAUUUUCCCAAAGGUUGCCCAUUUAGGCAUAUUUUCAUUUUGACACAGAAACAAAACUUAGGGCAACUUUUCCUAGUUCCCAGGUGUUGGUUUUCAUCAUGCAGUACAUAGCAGUCCUUUACCUAAUUGUGAUACCAGAACACAGGGUUGUUUUGGUUCCCUUUGAAGAGAGUUUUAUGAUUGUUUAUAUUCAAGCCCUUUGUGAUUCUUGAAACCGUCAGUUAUUUUCCUUCUGAAAGCAGACACAAAUUUAACAAAUGUCUCAGUUUUCCUUUUGGGUGAAUGAACAGCCGUUUUAUUACCUUUCAUUUGAUCAAUACAUGUGGGAAUGAUGUUCAUCAAAAGCCUGUGUCACUGCUUCUAUAGAAGAUGAAAUUAAUGCUUAGAUGGUGGAACCCAGGCCUGUACCUUUGAGUGCAUCCAUUAGGUAUUUGGUUCAGUUUCUGACUUAACAUUUAUUUGAUUCAGCUUAAUGUGUUAUGUAAUUUACCAAAUGUAGAGAAACAAAACGAAACAAAUAGUGAAAGUAAUGUGUUUUGAUUUAAGCAUAUGUGCAUUUAAAACAUCAGGACAUUUUAACUUUGAGUUCUCUUUAACUGGGAUCUGGCCAGAAGGAGGCUUAAAGUUAGAAAUCCUAUUCUUUUAGAAUAGGUUGGGUGGGUUGGGGGCAAGGGUGUCUAUUUGCAGCAAAGAUAUUUUGAGAAGAAGAAAAUUGUUUUAUAUAAGAGGAAAGCCAUGACCACCUUUCUACCUCAGAUCCAUCUUCAUCCAUUGCAUUGGAAAUAGCUUUAUGCCGCUGCAGUCUGAAAAAUCUAGAGCUUUUAUCAGACCACAUCAUACCCAAUAAAAGUACCUAUUUAAAGAAAAAAAAAAUUCCCUGAACUCUGAACUACAAGUUGUAGAUUUGGUGUCUUCCUUGUCCUUACCUUGAAAAGUUAUGUAUUAAUUUUUUUCUGCCUGUAAUUGUGUACAACAUGUUCUCUAUCUGCUAUUAAGGAAAAGCUACAUAAAACACUACAUUGUAACCUUCUAAGUAAUAAUAAAUAAAAAGAAAUAUAUUGCAGUAACAACAAGGGGAAAUAAGUAUGUAGUUCUUUUGAAAUAUGUGGUAAAGAACUAAUCAUAGACUAUCAUCUAAUCUGGUUACAUGUUGUAUUUUUCAUCCUGAAUAAAAGUAAUUUUAACACAA